GGUCAUAGUUAUGAUAGGUCAAUGUGUCCUUCCACACGUGUGUUCAGUAAUCUUCCAGAAGCAGCAGUAACUGGGUGCUAGCCGGUGUGUCGUAGCUGUCAGGCUAAUUUAUUGUGUAGUCACGCGUCUUUAUAUUUCGUUACAGUCAUGUUGAAGUCGGUGGUCCGCGCGGUGGGAGCCGCUGUCCGCGUCUCUUCAGCCACCACGUCCACAGCCCGAGCCCUGCCGCUCAGCUGCCCGACGCUGCGCUCACCUAGCUCGGCAACAGCUCGGCCCUUCACCCGGUCUCUCUGGAUGCUGAACAACAACGGAGCCUCUUCGGGAUACAGAACCAAACUGUUUAGUUCCAAAGUGUUGAACCCCUCGGUAUCGUGUGGAUGUGGAGGACUGCACACAGAAGGUGACAAAGCGUUUGGCGAUUUCCUGUCCGAUGAAAUCAAAGAGGAGAGGAAAAUCCAGAAAAACAAAAGCCUUCCUAAAAUGUCCGGAGGAUGGGACCUGGAGAUGAACGGCACAGAGGCUAAACUCAUCAGAACUAUUUCUGGAGAGAAGGUAACGGUCACAUUCAAUGUCAAUAACAGCAUUCCUCCUAACUUUGAGGAAGAGGCCGAACAAGGACAGCAGAAGUCGGGAGAAGAAGAGCCAGAAAUUGUGUCAACGCCCAACUUUGUUGUUGAAGUAACAAAACAGGGUGCAAAACAUUCCCUAGUGUUUGACUGCCAUUUCCCUGAGGAUGAGAUGAGUCAUGGUGAAGGAGAAGAGGAGAGUGACAUCUUUGCCAUCCGAGAGGUCAGCUUCCAACCUGAGGGAGACACUGAGUGGAAGGAGACGAGCUACACACUCAACACAGACUCUCUGGACUGGGCCCUGUAUGACCACCUGAUGGACUUCCUGGCAGACCGGGGGGUUGACAACACGUUUGCUGAUGAGCUGAUGGAGCUGAGCACCGCUGUCGAGCAUCAAGAGUACAUCAAGUUCCUGGAAAACCUGCAAGGAUUUGUUAAAUGUAACUAAGGUUACAUAUAACCAACAUCUUACCUUUUAUUCAAUACACCUCCUGGCCAAGUUGGCCUCUAAUAAACCAGUAAGACUAAAGCAAGUGUUACAGCACUGAUUGAUAGAUAGCUCUGGCACUCUAAAGAGACUGAUUGUUACUUGCUUUACUGUCUGUGAUCAGUGAACCAUGUUGCCAGAAGUUGUCACAUUUGGCUGCAAAUGUGUUUUCUAUGUUAAAAUGUAAGUUUAUUUUUCUGUAAGUUAAAAGGAGGUAUAGUUUAAAUUCAGAAUCAGAAAUUAUCAUCAUCGUAAGAAAUUUACUGAGGGGGUUAUUUUGUAAUACAGUCAGUAUCUGUGAAUGUUCAACUAUCCUCAAGCCAAUAAAGGGAUGUUUUGUCAAGAUGGGAAAUCCAAACAAUAACUCCACAAAAUGAAAAAUCAGUCCUCACUCGCAUCACUCACAUGUAUGUGACAGCUUCUGGUUUUACGGCUUGACAGUCCUGCUUUGAGUCUUACUUCUGGCUGGAUUUGCGAGAGAGUUGGCGUCUUCUAAUAUUGAAACGACUCCUAGACCGUAAUAUGUGAAGGCUAAAUUUGAAGGCAUAAGUCAGUGCGUCUUCAGAGAAUGGAAGAUAAGUGUCCAAUAAAAGAGUUUGAUAUUAAUGAAUUA